AUGAAUCGUUCCGACUCGCUAAAGUGCGCGUUUUGUGAGAAAGUUGUAUAUUUCAACGAGGAAGUCAAAUGCUUGUCAAAAAUCUACCAUAAAUCUUGCAUAAAGUGCGCGUAUUCUCACCAAAAUCGACACUUAGAGUGUCACUCUAAACUCUUUGGGAUAAAAGGAGUCGGAUUUGGAGCAGGAGCAGGAUCGCUUAGCAUGAAUUAA